GGGACUGAGCGCGCCGCGCCGCCGAGCCGCGGCCCCGAGAAGAGGGCGAGGGAGCGGCAGCGGGAGCGGCGCCGCAUGAUGUGGGUGCCGCUGCUGGCGUGCCUCACCGCGGGGAUCGUCUCCGUGCCCAAGUGCCAGCGCGGCCCCGGGGCCCUCCUCGGGGCGGUCCGGCUGCUGGCGGCCGUGCCCGGACUCUGCCAGCGCCCGGAAAACAGAUGUGCCACUUCAAAUGCAGUAACAUGUACAAAGUGUCUUGCUUUGGGUCCAGAGUGUGGAUGGUGUGCCCAGGAGGAUUUCAUGGCUGACUCAACACAGAAGGGACGCUGUGACACUGUUUUCAACUUAUUGAAAAGAGGCUGCCAGUCGGAUUUUGUAGAAAGUCCCACAGUUCAUGUUACAAUACCCGGUGACCAAGAAACAAAUACACAAGUGACACCAGGAAGAGUUUCAGUCCAACUGCGUCCAGGAAGUGAAGCAAGCUUUAUAUUAAAAGUUCAUCCUCUGGAGAAGUACCCUGUGGAUCUUUACUAUUUAGUUGAUGUCUCAGCUUCUAUGCACAACAAUAUAGAGAAACUAAAUUCCGUUGGAUUUGCUUUAUCUAAGAAGAUGGAGAAUAUUUCUCUUGAUUUUCGACUUGGGUUUGGAUCCUAUGUGGAUAAAACUGUGUCACCCUAUAUUAGCAUUCACCCAGGUAGAAUCCAUAACCAAUGCAGUGAUUAUAAUUUAGAUUGUAUGCCGCCUCAUGGUUAUAUUCAUGUGCUAUCCCUGACUGACAAUAUAGCAGAAUUCAGAAAUGCAGUGAAUAAACAAAAAAUUUCUGGGAAUAUUGAUACACCUGAAGGGGGUUUUGAUGCAAUGCUCCAAGCAGCUGUGUGCCAGACCCACAUUGGAUGGCGCAAAGAAGCCAAGCGACUACUUCUUGUGAUGACAGACCAAACUUCCCAUCUAGCCCUUGAUAGUAAAUUAGCGGGGAUCGUGAUUCCCCAUGAUGGAAACUGUCAUUUGAAAGACAAUGUGUACAUCAAAGCUACGAGUAUGGAGCAUCCAUCUCUUGGGCAGCUCUCUGAAAAAUUGAUUGACAAUAACAUCAAUGUCAUUUUUGCAGUUCAAGGAAGCCAGUUCCAUUGGUAUAAAGAUCUGUUACCUCUGUUGCCUGGUACUGUUGCAAGACAGAUAGAAUCACAAGCAGCAAAUCUCAAUGAUUUGGUGGUAGAAGCUUAUCAGAAACUAAUCUCUGAAGUGAAAAUUCAAGUGGAUAACCAGAUCCAGGAUCUUAAUUUCAAUAUCACUGCGAUCUGUCCUGAUGGAAGUAAAAAAACUGGCAUGGAAGGAUGUAAAAACGUUCGAUAUAAUGAGGAAGUACUUUUCAAUGUAUCAAUCACAAUGAAAGGAUGUGAUACAACCGGGGGAAGAAAAUAUGCAAUACUUAAGCCUAUUGGUUUCAAUGAAACCACCAUUAUUAAUGUACAGAAAAGCUGUGCCUGUCAGAAUGAAGACAGCGCAAAGCACAAGAGAGUGUGGGUUGAUGAAAUGUUUCCUGAUGGCAAACAGCCCCAUUGCAGUGACAGGAGUUGUAGCCGCAGCAGAGAGACAUUUCCUUCUGAGGAAUGCAGGCAACACCAGGACCAGCCCAUCUGCAGUGGCCAAGGAGAUUGCAUAGAUGGAAAAUGUUUCUGCUACAAGAACAAGCUAGGCAGAGUAUAUGGCAAAUACUGUCAAAUGGAUGAUUUUUCUUGCCCGUAUCACCAGGGAAACUUAUGUUCUGGUAAUGGUGAAUGUGAAGCUGGUAAAUGUAAAUGCUUUGCUGACUGGGAAGGUGACCGUUGCCAGUGUUCAUUACAAUCAGCAAAGCAGUGCCUGAAUUCAAAGGGCCAGAUUUGCAGUGGAAGAGGAAAUUGUGUAUGUGGAAAAUGUGAGUGCACCGACCCAAGAAGUUUUGGCCGUUUGUGUGAAUACUGCCCUGCUUGUAACAAAGCUUGUGAAGAAAACUGGAAUUGUGUUCAGUGCCAUCAUUCUAACAAUGCAUCUCAAGCUAAACUUGACCAGUGUAAAACCUCAUGUGCUUACCUAUUGCAUUACAUUGACCAAACUUCAGAAUGUUUCUCUGGACGAAGCUACUUUAGAGUGUUUUCCAUAAUCUUUAUAGUUACAUUUCUGAUUGGGUUGCUUGUUGUACUUAUCAUCAGGCAGAUAAUUCUGCAGGGAAAUAGCAAUAAAGUUAAAUCUUCAGCUGAUUACAGAGUUUCUGCAACAAAGAAGGAAAAGAUGUUUUUGCCUACUGUUUGUACAAGAACAGUAACAUACAGACGUGACAAACCAGAGGAAAUAAAUAUCGACAUCAGCAAGUUACGAUUAAAUGAAACUUUCAAGUGUGAAUUCUGAAGACAGUGUGUUUUCUGCAAAUGUCUAUUUCCAUCAUUCUCUACUUUUUAAAAGUUACCACUGUUGCUGUUUGUGUCAUGCGUUUUGUUGGAUACUGUAACAACGUGACAUGUAAGCAUAUUCACAUAAUGUGACUAUGUCUGAAACUAUAGCUGCUGUAUUUUUUUUUUUAUUUUGUUUAUUUUUAAAGAAAAUGUGCGUGACUACUGUUCAGGAACAUUAGUGUUGAUGUAGCACUUUAAUGUAUUCUAAUUUAUUUAGUUCUGGCAUAGAAUGUAGAUAUGAACAGGUCUGACAAAGCACUGAUCUCGCUCUACUUGUAGCUAGUACUGAUGUGCUCUGUGGGAAUGGACAAAAACUGUGACUGAAAUAUUAACAUUGCUGUAUAUUAUAGCAAUAGGUGAAAAUAUUCAAAUGCUCUUAAAUAGAGUAAAUGGUACUUUUAUAGUUCUCUCAGCUGACUAAAUUCUACUGAUUUGUCUGCUUUAGCCUCUCAGCUUUUCCUUGUUACUUAAUAAAAAUGACUGGAUUAAAUGAGUGCUUAGUUACCAGGGUGUGUGUAGACACACACACAUACGCACACACACAGACAAAUAUAUAUAUAGUUUGUUAUGUGAUAUGUCACUUAAAGAUAAUUUAUACCUGACAAGGAGUACUUUUUAGCUUUUUUGCUUUUUUCAAUGUAAAGCUUUUAUGUGAAUAUUAAGAUAUUCGAAAAACUGGGCGGCUGCAGAAGAUGAGUUCCUCUGUCCACCAGCACCACCUGCCCUGUAACCACUGCCCGCUGGCUGCGCCUUUGGAGUCAGCAGCAUCAGCUCCAAUCAGAUAAACUGCACCAGAGAUGUGUUUGGUCUGCUAGCUGCGUGUCAGUGUUUUGCCAAGUAAGGGCUUGUUCCUUUUGUAUGUCAGACAUGAGUCUGAUUUUACACACGUGCUCUUUUUUCUUUGUAAUUAGUUGACAGGAUUUGUUUUUCUCAUUCCAUGCUUUACCACUUCAAUUUUUGUUGCUGUGCAUUGAGAAAUGUGUCCGGCUUGAUGUGACAAAGAAUCUGCAGUUUGAAAGAAGGGGAGGAACAUAGAAUUCAUUUUCUCAAGAGAACAUAUUAACUGAUUUCAUAGAUGUAGGACCAAAUUCUGCCUUCAGAAAUGGGCAAAACUCUUCUAAACACAGUGGGACCAAUGUAAGCUCACCUGGAAGCAGAAUUUGAGCUAGAAGUUCAAGCAGAAGCAUUUUCUCACCCUUGAAACUGGUUGUAGUGGUAGAGAGCGUGUUACUGCUAUACAGUAAUGGGCAGAGUCAACCAGCAUGCUGGUUUACUUACGUUAUGUUGCCAAGAUCCUAAGAAAUUGUGAUCCGUGUCUGUGAAAUAUGCACUAAAAUCUUGGUGGUGAAAAAAAGAAAAGAAUAAUCUCAUAGGACAUUAUGCAGUGUGUCAUUUUAAUAGUUUUAAUUACUGGUACUAAAUAUUGAUCUGUAAUUGCCUUAGCUAAGAGUUACAGAAACAAAGCAGGACCGCUUUACAUGAAAUUUGGUAGCACUUAGUAUAUAGUAGUAUUUCCUAUUCAAUAUUUCUUCUGUAAAUUCCCACAGGUGAAAGGAGGGCAGGAUGCAGAACAAAUAAUUGUUAUGGGAGUGUUCACAAGGAAUAUUUUGGAUCAUGCAAACAAAAAAAAAAAGGUUGUAAACUGGCCUCUUAAUUGUUUCUAAAGCAACCCUCAGAGUAGUCCCUUAGCUUCCCACCAUUCAGGUAAAAGUGUCUCAUUUAAAGGAAAGGCGGUUGCCUUACACUGACCUUGAUUUUACGUAGCUUCAUCGUAAUAUCUUAUCUACAGGCUCAUUCUGACUCAAGAAUUAUUCUGUAGCAUAUCAGGAAUACCUUGAACUUUCCAUUUUAAAGUGCAUUUUCUUUCCAUGUAAAUUACCAGACUCAAACCUUGGUUUCAGUGGGAUUAAGAUAAAAAACCUAUUAAGGUUUACUUACUAUUGUCCUUGUCACAGUAUUUGUGAGUAGGAAAAAAGCCCCUGGUCAUCCAUUUCACUUAGUGAAACAAAAUAAAGAAAUAAAACCUAACUGGAGAAUACCUGUGUGUAUAACAAAAGCUAUGAUUAUGUUCCUUAACAAUAUGAUACAAUUUUCUGAACAGAAAAGAUUCAUCAAAAUGUGUUUCUCCUAACAGCCCUUAAGCCACUUCCUGAAGUGAAGCUGUUGUUUUUUUCUCCAGAAUUUAUUUUUUCACUGUUAGGGGAAGCUAAAUUUGGAUAGGGAACAAUGAAGCUGGUGUCUUUGUGGAAGAAAGAUAUGUAACAUCCAUCAUCCAGACACAUCCCAUUGCUGCCACUUUUCUCCUGUAGCCCUUGGAUGGCACUGCAGUGCUGCCUGUGCAGGGGUGCAGCCAGUAUGUCUUUAUCAGGCAUCUGCCUGAGUGUGUGAUAUGCUCUGCUCAAACAGAGCAGGCUUGCAGGACAAACUGCAGUGUUGGCUACUUGCUGUCUUAAGUUUAAAAAAAAAAAAAGAAAGAAAAAGAAAAAAAAAUUUUUUUUAAAAAGGCUUUUCUUGCAUCUCGCUCAUUGCUUUGCUGUAUUGUAGAGGGAGCUGGUAAAAAGAAUAAGCUGUUGCUAAUGUGACAGGUCAAGGCUUUUAGAAGGCCCAUGGGGAGCCUACACAGAGCAGGAUCCUUGGGAGGAGGCUUUGUUUCUGAGGAUGGAAUCUAUCCAUGAGAAACUCUGGCUUUACUCAGUGCUUGUUUCCCUCUGCCUUUGACCAUGUUUUUCAGAAGAGCUGCUGCAGGAGAUGAAUAGACCAACAAAAGCCUCACUAUUUAGGGAGCUGUGUUCCCUCAGCACAUGACCUUAAAUGAGAAAGCAGCCUGUAAUUCACAAGGAAUUUCCUCAGCAGUCACAGAAGGACUGUGCUUCUUAUAGUGCUUAGUAUGGGAGAUAUCACAGAGAAAUUAGUUCAGAUUAAUUUUCAAAGUACUGUGCAUCAAAGAUGCUUGUAAUAAUAUGGGGAAAAUAUCUAUCCUCAGCACAGCACAUUUUAAACUUUUGAAAUAAACUUUUUAUACCAGCCUGCUUGGAAAAACAAAAAGGCCAACUGUUUUGACCACAUGCCUAUACCUAAUAGUAUGCUUACACAUACUGUGGCACCUCACUGCUGGUUUGCAGGGUUGAUUCUAGAUCUUCUCCUAGAAACAGAGCAUCUUCAUGGCUCUUCACAGCAGAACUGUAAAUGAUAAAAAAGGUCAAUUCUAAUUCCACAUUAUUUUUACCUUUGGUUUAUUAACUAUGUAACAUUUCAGAAAUGGCACAUUCAUGCAAUUAAAACGCGCAUCUUCAGAUUUGUUUUCUGAGGCUCUGAGAGAGAUGAAAAAAUGCUGUGCACUGAUUACUUUCCAAGCAUCAUGAGCGUGUUAAUAACACCACUAUAGAUGUGUGUGGGAAAAUAGCUGUUUCAUCCAGAAAAUGUGCACAUGGUAUGUGAGAAAUUUUCAUUGUGACUAGCUGAAAUUCCCUUAUGUUCACAAGCAAUGUUGCGAAUGGACCUUAAAAAGGAAGGACAUCUGCGUGGGCAUAGUUUACAUUUUAGCCAUUAAAACCAACUGGAUUUAUUUUUUCCUUUCUAUGAUGUCAUAAAAACCUGCUAUGUAAAGUAUUCUUCAGACCACAGCGGAAAAGAAUAUUUUCCCAGUCUGAUCACACAUUUGUUUUCUGCUUAGUGUGCAUACUUAAAUGCACGUGCGGCACAAACUGUGGGGCGUGAAGCAGCUUCAAGCAUCCCUUACUCCUGGGGUUGGCCAUAAGGCACAGUGAUGCCCAGGACAGAGGGAUGCAGGGGCCCUACUGCUUUUGCAGUAGGCAUCCCAAGCAGACCCAUUGCGCCCUGCUGUUCCUCAUGGCAUCUCAACAGCGACAGUGCUCCGGAACCAUAUUGCUCCAUAUGUCAGGGCAGGAGGCCUUUUCAAAGGAGGUUGUCCUAAUGGCCACAAUUUGAAGAUGCAUGACGUGCAGUCCACAAUCAUCAACACUGCAGCCUGUUUGCAUCUUUACUCAUCAAAAACUGCUUGCAUACAACCUAGCAAGGUACUGUAAAUGCAGGUGCUGCAGCCCUCCUUGAGAUUUCUGGGAAGUCCUUGGGCAUCUGUUCUCCCCAGCCCCAGGAUCUGCACUGCCAGCCUUCAGUGAUGUAGCUAGGGCACUUCUCAUAAAUACAUUAAUGCUGAAAGAGUGCUGUGUGGCACCUACUCUGCUCUGUGGAUGAAAUGUGUUGCCUGUGUUCUUGCUGUCCCUUCAAAAUAGAGGUGCAAGAUCUAUUUGGUAAACAGGAAUGGAGCAGCAUUAAGAACGACACUACUUUGCCAUGGUAAUCUUGACGCUGCUCGAUGCACAGACAUCUCAUGGAUAUUACAGACAACUGAAAUUCAUGGAGAGGAAAAAAGGGUUUAGAAGUAGCUACUGUGAAUGUGGGAUUUCACUGAGUGCAAGCCAGCUCAGAAUGUUGAUCUGGGAAAGAACAAUUUUUAAAAAGUUAUGAAAAAAAACCCAAAAUUAGUUGAUUCUUAAGUUUUAGAAAUGCUGCUCUGGAUUGCAUUUUCUCUUUGAUUACUUUUCUACUUAUUAAAAUAUUUUCAAUUGUGACUUUUGUUAAAACAACAGCUUCUACUCAAAUCCUAACUUUUCAUCACAAUACCUAUGUUGUGUUUGAGUUGUUUGUAUUUUGAAGGGUGAGGCUGAGAGAUGAAAGAUUCAUUUAGGAAGGCAUUUGUUUUAGAAGAAUUCACUGUGCUAACAUCUUCACUUUUACCUACUACUGCUUCAAAGUGUCUUAUUUAGCAAUUAUGUGACAACUUUUAAUAAUACUACAGUUUUUAGCUUUCUAUUUAACAUAUACUACCUUGUGUAAAAAAUCAUAUACAGAUGAAUAACGUUUCUCUAGAUUUUAUGCAUAGAGAAUGCUAGUAAGGGAAGACAGUUUAAUUAUAUCUGUAACUUCUUUACUGUCCAUCUUCUAUUUUAAAUGACACUUUUAAAUCACUACUUUUGUUUGUAUGGAAAUAUACUGAAUAUUUUAUUAUUUAAAAUAGUAUACUUUUAUAACUGUUUAUUAAUUUCAGUUGACUACUAACUUCUAUUUUGAUAUUUAUUAAUGAGUUGACACUGUAGUAUAUUGAGAUGUUUAUUUUUCUAUCAGAGCUGUAACAACUAUGACAUAGCAUUAUUUUAAUGCAACAUCAUUGUACUUGCUCUCUAAAAAAAUAAAAUCGAUAUUUAAUCUGUA